AGCACCCAAAGCAGGAGUAUAGGCGAGAAGGUGAAAAAUUAUCUCCACCACCAGAUUAUUUAACGUACUCUAGAAGGAGAACAAGCGAAGCAGCUCCAGCUUCACCCCCCGGAUCUUAGGCAGUCGCGACAGCCAUUGCCAUGUCGCGCCUUAUGGGGUGCGCCUGAAAUCUAGUUGAAGCUGCUGCUUUUCUCGGCAACUUUACCUCUAGCGUUUUAUCGUAGUUGUCAAGAACAAUCUGUAUUAUUAUUUGUCACUGAGAAUACAAGAAGAGCCAAAUAAAUAAUGUCGAAAGCCAACAAGGCCGCGUCUUCGGACAAACCGGUGCAACUUCCACGAAACGAGAAGGGCGGCAUUCUGAUCGGGGAGAAGGAGCUGAAAGUCGCAUGGGACUUUUUCGACCAGAAGGGCACCGGGAAAAUAUCCGCGCACGAAAUCAAGAAGAGACUAGCGGUGUUCUACAAGAAUGUUUCGGUGAAGGAAAUCCGCUACCUGCUCAACAACCAAUCGGAGAUAACAUUUGACGAGCUGUAUAGAUUCCAACCACUUUUUUGUUCUGCUUCUACAGCCCUUUUCUAUUUCGAAACUUCAAUUUUCGCUCCUGCCUCAUUCGAUUGUUUUGCAUGAUGCACGGUGGAGCUGCAGCUGCAUUCAUCGUUUUCUUGCAUCAGAAAAUUGCAAAUCUUCCCCAAAUUUUUAUUUCGUACACAUGACUAGCAAAUAAAAACUAAAACAUAAAUACAGCCGAGAUCUUCUGAAAGACAACACACUCAAGAACGUCGACCCAGUAAAGGACGCGUUUCGAGUCUACGAUCCAAACGACACGGGAGAAAUUGACAUCGGGGUAUACAUUAUUCAGUAUCAAAACUCGGCAGAAGCACGUACUUAGUGUUAGUACCACUAGUGUCAGUGAUCUUGACUGCUUUAGUAUCGCCUCUCCAUGCCUGGCGUGCAUUCAUGUUCAGUUCACGCUGAUGAAAUUUGUAUUGCGCGAUAAAAAAACUAAAACGAGCAGGUAAUCCAGGAAUUGUUUCAGGGCUUGGGAUUCGGAGAGAUAUCAGACGAAGAUGCGCAGUUCAUAAAGGAAAUGGCGGACGCCGACGGGGUACUAACGCAAAAAUUACAUCAAAUAUCUGAACCUUGAACUCCAUCAUGAUUACCGUUCUUAUCCUCUACUUUUCGUUUUCAUAUGCAAGGCUAUAGGCUGCAUGACUUGUUGCCGGCGUCAGAAAAUCAUUCAUCAAGAACAUGAAAAACAAAAAAUCAACAGGAUGGAAGAAUAACGCUAGAAGACUUCCGGCAAAUGGUUCCAUUUGGCAAGGUGCAGAAGCCCGUGACCGAGCCCAAGAAGGAAGAGCCGAAAAAAGAAGAGCCGAAGAAGGAAGAGGCGGCGUGAGUUUGUGGCUGUCUCAUUUCACUGCUCCUUGUUGAGCCUGCACUAAUACUUGUAUCAAGCGCUUUUGAUGAGCUUCACACACUCCUUCGCACACUGGUGGAUCACCAUGAGAGCUGCUGUGAACCCCGCAAGUAGCUGGGCUAGCAUUUAUUCCUCGUCGGUAUUCAACGGAAUGUGCCCUGAAAUAUUCAACUUUCGUUGAGAAUAAAGCGAAGCUUCUGCUAUGCAGUACGGAUGAUACGAAAGAUUGUUUUGGAGUGAAAGCUAAAUCAAAGAAACG